AUGAGGGACGAAGUGAAGAUGGACGCGAAUCGGCUCAUCGCCGAAGUUUACAAGCGACCCGCGCUUUGGAACCAGAGACACAUAUCCUAUCAUAAUCGAGAAGUGACCAACCGCGUUUGGAUGGAAAUUGCAGCGAUCUUCAAGCUUCCCAAACCAGUAUUAAAGGCUAAGUGGAAAGGUCUACGAGAUACAUUUCGUGCCGAGCUCAAGAAGGAUCAAGUUUAUCGAAAGAGUAAAUAUCAUCGUAACAGACCAGUAUGGAUUCAUUUCAAGAGUCUACAAUUCUUAAAAGAGCAAAUGCUUCCAAGGCCACCGAUUUGGGAGCGUGGAAAAGCAGGUAUAGAUGGAGAUCACGGAUUAGGAGAAAACGAUUCAGAAGGAAUGUUGAGUAAGAAUGGUACGUCGUUGGGCAGAAGUUUGGACGAUAGGGAUGCACUGGCUGAUCAUUUGUUAUCGAUGAGCAGUGAAAAUGGAACGUUGAAAAUCGAUGGUAUCGAUCAUCGAGUUGACGUCAAACAAGAACCGGAAGAGAGCUUCGAUAAUUUGGAAUUUCAAAAUGUGACGGAUAAUUUAGCGGACAAUGAAAUGAUGUUGCAAAAUAUAUCACCUGAACAAGUGUUGAUGGGUGAGAAUGAUAAUGGUAUCGGAUUAACGGUUGAUCCUCUCGAAGGUAAUCGUUUUGACGAUAAUUAUUAUUUCCUCAUGAGUCUUUUACCACACAUCAGAACUCUACCUGCCGAUCGAAGAAUGUUACUUAGAAUGCAAAUGCAAGAAUUGGUUUACAAGGAAGUUUAUAAAAAAGGUAACGAAGAUGUCGAUGCCUCAUGAGAGAAGGAACUCGGACAAGCGUCACCUACGACGCCAAAUUCAAAGAAAAAGACGACCGAACUUCGUGGAGAAUCGAAGGGAGAUUUGUCCUCACAAUCUUCAAGAACGAAACCGUCUUCUUCGUCGAAAGCGGAAAAGGUCGCGUAGCGAAACGGAACGAAUAGAUACAUAUAUAUAUAUAUAUAUAUAUACAUAUAUAUACAACAGUCUUAACAGUUUUGUUCCUUUCUACGCGUGGAUUUCUACCUGGAGACAAUGACACUUUCCGUUUUGCUCGUAAAACCAUUGAAAUUGGCCGUGAAAAUCGGUAGAGAGUAGAAACGAAGACGACGGUAAUGAAAUGGUUUAUGAAUUUUUUAACAAAAAUUGUUUAAAAUACGCGCACUUUUUUUAAUUAAUUCCAUUGUAAGAUAUCGAGUUCGAUGAUUUUCGAAUGAUUUUAAUGAUCAUUCAUUUUCUUUUCUUUUCUUUUCCUUUUUUUUUUUUGACGCACGAAAAUUCGUUUUUUUUUUUUCCAAGGAAAUAGAAAUAAUUCGAUAUCGAUGCUCAGCUCGAACCUUGCGUAACGGUUUUUCGAACGAGCGGAUGCACAAAUUUCUCUUAAACGAAAGUUCUUUGUGCCAUAAUUAGUACGUGUAUAGUACGAGGAGCGCACGAACGGGCUUCCAAUUGUUACUUUGCUUUUUUUUUCACAUUAAUUUCGUCCAUCGACGUAUAUAGAUCGAUAUUAGUCGAUAUUAUAGUAUGUAUGUAAAUAGACAUGAUCGACAGAGAAACGAUUGAUCGAUUGUUAAUAUAUCGAAUGCAAGGAUAUCUUAUGCGAGAUCGUUUGCAAAAAAAAAAAUAUAUAUUGUCGAGCAUGUUAUUAUUAUUACCUCGAUGACUAUAAAUAAUUUUCAAAUUCAACCGCAUAA